CGGGCUGCAACUUCCGGCUCUCGCCGCCUCGCGCUCGGCCAGCCUCUCCACCGGCGGCGUCGCUGGCGUAUCUAGGCGAGCCGAUGUCAACUUUGUAGCGCCGCCGCCCACGAAUGCUUCUGGCCCACGCGUAAAACGAGAGCGAGGAGGAGCAAGUGCGGAGGAGCCCGAGCCAUGCAUCUGCGCCCGCUCGCUUGCUGAGGGGAAAAAGGCGGUGACUGGAAAGCGCACGUUUUGGCGUCGGAGCGACACCUGCGACGGCGGAAAACCAGAGGCCGGAGGGGUUUGAAAGCGACAAGGUGGGGGGGGCGGGGGACUCCAUCCUCACACUCGGGAAGGCGAGAGAGAUGCAGCCCGCCGGCAAGCUCCUCACGCUGGUGCUCCUCAUCGUCACGGGCACGGAACUCACACAAGUGCUGCCGGCCAACCCGGAGGAGUCGUGGCAGGUGUACAGCUCGGGCCAGGACGGCGAGGGGAGGUGCGUCUGCACCGUGGUGGCGCCCCAACAAUCCAUGUGCUCCAGGGACGCCCGCACCAAGCAACUGAGGCAGCUGCUGGAGAAGGUCCAGAACAUGACCCAGUCCAUCCAGGUGCUGGACCAGAGAACCCAGAGGGAGCUCCAAUACGUGGAGAAGAUGGAGGUGCAGCUGCGCGGCCUGCAGACCAAGUUCCAGCAGGUGGAGGAGAACCACAUGCAGAACGUCGCCAAGCAAUACAAGGCCAUAAAGGCGAAAAUGGAGGAGCUUAGGCCGUUGAUACCCGUGUUGGUGGAGUACAAGGCCGAUGCCAAAUUGGUAUUGCAGUUUAAGGAGGAGGUCCAGAAUCUGACGUCAGUGCUAAGCGGGCUGCAAGAGGAGAUGGGGGCCUAUGACUACGAGGAGCUCCACAGCCGAGUGUCAAAUCUCGAGGAGAGGCUGCGAGCGUGCAUGCAAAAAUUGGCAUGCGGCAAGCUGACGGGCAUCGGCGAGCCCAUCACCGUCAAGACGUCGGGGUCCAGGUUCGGCUCGUGGAUGACGGAUCCCCUGGCGCCCGAAGGAGACACGCGGGUCUGGUACAUGGACGGUUAUCACAACAACCGCUUCGUGCGGGAGUACAAGUCCAUGCGGGACUUCAUGAGCACGGACAACUUCACCUCGCACCGACUCCCCCACCCGUGGUCCGGGACGGGCCAGGUGGUCUACAACGGCUCCAUCUACUUCAACAAGUUCCAGAGCCACGUCAUCAUCAAGUUUGACUUGCGCACCUCGGCCAUCAGCAAGUCCCGGCAGCUGGACUACGCCGGCUUCAACAACGCCUACCACUACGCCUGGGGGGGCCACUCCGACAUCGACCUGAUGGCGGACGAGGGGGGCCUGUGGGCCGUCUACGCCACCAACCAGAACGCCGGCAACAUCGUCGUCAGCAAGCUGAACCCCAACACGCUGCAGAUCGUCAAGAGCUGGACCACCAACCACCCCAAGAGGAGCGCCGGCGAGUCCUUCAUGAUCUGCGGCACGCUCUACGUCACCAACGGCUACUCGGGAGGCACCAAGGUCUACUACGCCUAUUCCACCAACUCCUCCACCUACGAGUACAUGGACAUCGCCUUCCAGAACAAGUACUCGCACAUCUCCAUGCUGGACUACAACCCGCGGGACCGCGCCCUCUACGCUUGGAACAACGGCCACCAGGUGCUUUAUAACGUCACGCUGUUCCACGUCAUCCGCUCGGAAGAACUGUAACUGGAUAUAUCUAGAUAUAUAUGUGUGUGUGUGU